GGCUUGAAACAGUCUCAGCCCACUCAACCCUGACUAAGAAACCAUCCAUCCUACAACCAAGUCAACAGCAAUCCUCCAAGCUCUGGGUGAGGACCCUCCUGUAAGGGGGGGACUCAACAUCUCUAAUCAUGAUUCGCAAGGGAGAAUUCAACAUCUUCAAUGAUAGUUCGUAAGAGAGAACUCAACAGACACCUCCAAUAAUGGCUCACAGCUCCCACCCCGUCUCUCAACCCAAUGUCAUCUCUGAGGUUCCUAAUUAGCAUUUGGCCGGAGGUCAACAAUCCAGUCUUUGAUGCAAGGUACCUUAUAACCAAUGAGGAGCUCUGAAGAAUAGAACUGAUGAAUGUCAUCCAAGAAUUGCUUAUGGCAGAAGGGAACGGGGAAGGUGAAGGAGGCCUGGCGGCCGCUGGCGGGCUCCGCAGUCACAGCAGACUGGGCAGUUGAAAGGAAUCCAUUUAUGUGAACAGGCGAGCGGCCCCUCCCACGCAGGAGCUGCGACCCAAGACUCAGUCGGCGCCACCUUGCUGUGCAGGGAGCAGGGGCGCCCGUGGAUGUGCCCGGGCCCAGGGGAUGCUGAAGAUGGCAUCAUAUAAUAACUAUGAUUCAUAUUAUACCGAAAAUCCUGAACCCGGGGACCUGAUUGAAGUCUUUCGUCCAGGUUACCAGCACUGGACUUUAUAUCUGGGUGAUGGCUAUGUCAUCAAUAUGGCCCCAACAGAUGAAGGAAGAAACGGAGGCAUACAAAAGUCACAUGACUCUCCACAGCUUGCACAAGAAGUAAAUGAGGACAGCUCCCCCGUUCCGUUCACAAGCGCUAAGUCCGUAUUCAGCAAAAAGGCCCUGGUGCGGAUGCAGCUCUUGAAGGACGUCGUGGGAUCUGACACUUACAGAAUCAAUAACAAAUAUGAUGACAUGUACUCGCCUCUGCCGCUAGAUGAAAUCAUCCGGCUGUCAGAAUUCCUCAUUGGGCAGGAAGUGUCCUAUGACCUGCUGGUCAACAACUGUGAACAUUUCGUGACUUUGCUCCGAUAUGGAGAAGGGAUUUCGGAGCAGGCCAACCGAGCGAUUGGUGCCAUCGGGAUUGUAACCGCUGCUGCCGGCGCCUUCUCCCUCCUUGGCUUGUUUCCGAGCAAACAAAGGAAUGGCCCCCUGGGGAUGAGGUAUAAGAGGAAUUUACUUGGAAAUGAAGAUGAUGUUACAAAAAAGGUCAUUCAGCAAAGCAUGGCAAGGUUUGACAUGAGUCAGCAGCCAGAAAUCGCGGUUUUGAAGAAUGGCAUCCUGCAAAGUCAAGGGCAUUUAUCGAUCACGAAGAAAGAAAUAAGCCAUUCUCCCCAUUGCCUACUCUCUUUCUCCUUCACCUGGAGAAUGUCCCGCAAAAUCCCUUCCUCUCCUUCGUUCUUCCUAAGCAUAAGCUCAUGAGAAUGUUCGUGAUACCAGCCUCUUUCUUUAGGACUAUUGAUGGAGUUCCUCUUUGAAAGACUCUUGCCAAGACUAGCAGCCUGCCUUUUCUCUCCUCCCCUUCCCCACCCUAGCUGAAACAGUACAUUAAAUCUAAGACUUGGAAGAUCUUCACUGAACCCUCAUUGGUCCAACCUAAGAAUUGGCCCCUGACUAAGAAUCCCUUGCUAUGUUAUCCACCCUCUGCCUGGAGACCUCUGCUAAGAGGAAAACCACUACCCCAAAGACAACUCGGUCCCUGCAGGCUUCGGCACUGCCCGCCAACCCCCAGUCCACAGGCCACAGAGAACAUGUCCAAUCCCUCCAACAUCUAUACGAGCGGCUAUCAACUACUUGGAAGAAAGUUCUCCUGGCCUGACCCCGAGUCUCAUAUUCUCCUAGGCUAAACAGCCGUGGUUCCUUCACCUGGUUCUGACCUGGAAUGGAUCCAAAGCCCUUCACCGUCCUGGGGACCCUCCUUAGUUGGCUUUUGGGGGGUGUUCUUAAUGAAAUUUUAGGGAGCACUGCUUAGGACUUCAACUUUCUAAUAUCCAAAUAUAAUCGCAGACUAAAAAAAUGAAGACAAACUCGAUUGAGAUGGAGAAUCCUCCCUUCAAAACAGGGAUGAAAAGGCUGUGAUGUUCCUCACCCACCUUAAUCCACAAGCCUAACAUCUGCUAAAAAAAGUUUGUGAUCCCAGGGAAGUUUUUAUCUUAUCUAGCCCAAGUCUUAGGCUCACCAUGCCAUGGUCUGGUUAUGUCUGCACCAUGCUACUUGUAGCUCCAGCCUUCUCCUCCUCCACUUAGAAUUUAAACUCCCACCCCUGGGAUCCUAGGCUCUGGCUGGUGAGAUUUCACAUUUUCUAGUCCUGGCAGCAGGCCCCUCUCCCACAUUUGGCACGCCCCUUCUCCCAACUCUAGCUUCAUUCCACACGUUGUCUACCAUUAGAAUGGAAGCUCCUUGAGGGCAGGAAUUAUUUUCUUGUUUGUUUUGUAUCCCCAGUUCUUAUCACGGUGGAGAGAUUUGUAGGAAACCUUAAUAAAUUCUAUUCAUUCCUUCA